GGCAAGUAAACAAAGCUGUUCAGGCUGGAGAUAAGAUGUCUGACCCUUCCUCAUCAACUUCAACAACAUCAGCGUCAUCGUCAUCAUCAUCAAGUUCAUCAGGUUCUAGUGGCAACCAGUCUCUCAGAUGGAGUCUUCAAAAUUUUCCUGUUCCUUUGCAGCUGCAGGCUCGUAUCCCGAGGUCUCCCUUGUCGGUAGCACGAGAGCUGUUGCCCAACUUCCCAUCCCAGCUGACACCACCAGCUGAAGUGGUGGAACAAUUACCCCAGCAGUACCAGAUGUCAAUACAGCAGCAUGUACAACAGCAGCUGCAGCAGCAGUUUCAGCGACAAUUACAGCUCAAUCUACAAGGUGGUGGCGAGUCCUCUGGAGCUCCUGUGCUCCCUGAUCCUCCGGACACCAUCCUUGACCUCCACCCUCCUCCUACAUCCUCAUCUGCCGAGGGAGGUUUUGGCUCAGGACAUGGCAGUAGUGGCACUACCAGCAAUAGUGGCGGGGCUUUCCGAUCUGGUCUUAGUUCGACUGGUCUCCUAGAGACAUUACUGCGGAGUGCUCAGGCAGCUUCCAGUCAACAAAGAAACAGUGGAGGUAGUAACAGUAGUAGUAACAGUAGUGUUGUCAGGGACGGAGCUGGUGUUGGAGGGACAGGAUCUGGUAGCUCCCUCACAUCUCGUACAGCCCCGGGUUUGAACCUGGGCCACUCAUUGCAUUCCCACAGCCACCACCAGCCGCAGGGACAUUCUCAUCAUCAUCGCCAUGAACAUUCACACUCUCACGGGUUCCAGAUGUUGAGCAGCGGAGGAGGAGGCAGUGGAGAUGGAGGAUCUCUACCCUUGACAGACGGGACCACCACGUCUGCCCAUAACACUGGAGGGGGCACUGGAGCUGGUACUGUAGCUUCUGUUGUGGGGGCGGGGGCAGGGGAUGCGAGCGCUGGAGGUGGACCCCCAGCCGCUGAACUCAGCUUACUGUACAAAUGGGUUGCCGAGUCUGGAAUAUUUAUUUUACUUCUCCUUCUUCAUUUUCUCUACGAUCAUAGACUGGGUUUGCUGGUGUUUUUAUGUAUGGGUGGAACAUUUUAUUACACCAACAUGAAGUUGGUGCAUGCAAUCCACCAGUCAGCUGUCAGGAAGCAGAAUAUUUCCUGGCUGGGUCUCUUCAAUCUGGCCUGGCUCAGUGGCUUCCUUCUUCUCAACAUUGUCAUCCUCUACUAUGUCUUCUCAGAGCAAGGGCUAUGGAGACUGCUAUUCUUCCAGAUGGCUCAGGUGCAAGACAUCUCAGUGUGGACCUUGCUGUGGUGUGUGGUCAUGACAGACUACAUCGUUAAGUUCCUCACAAUCAUGGCCAAGUCUAUUAUUGCUAUGAUGCAGCCAUGCUGUCGAAAUUAUCGCAAGCGGGGCAAGUAUUACUUGUUGAUUGAGAGCAUAUCCCAGCUAUAUCGCCAGCUGGUCACAGUGGUGCCAUGGCUCUUCUACCUCAACGACAGCACCAGGACUUCCGUCUGGUUCGCCUUUGCCACAGAGAUUGUUUAUCUCUGCUUCAAGACCUGGUCAGUGUGGUCAGCCUUCAAGUUCUUGUACUCAGCCCUGCUCCGGUUCUCCUCGAACACUAGUUUUGGCUGUAAACCCAGCGCCCAGGACAUGUUGGAGCGAGGCAGCCAGUGCCCAAUUUGUCAGGAUUCAGUCAAUGAGCCUGUCAUGCUUCCAUGCAAGCAUAUAUUCUGCGAGCAGUGCGUGUCCAUUUGGUUUGACCGCGAGAAGACAUGUCCAAUGUGUCGUGCCCAGAUAACCACAGAGUCUCCUGCCUGGAGGGAUGGCAACACAAGUGCUCAUCUACAGUGGCACUAGGACAAGCCACAAGCUGCUGUUUUUGUGUUUUGUCAUUGUGAAAAAAAGUGGACUCUAUGAGGAUUGCAUCAUGGUUGUGUGAAGAAUGAGGACGUCAACAUGACAGUGUGGCGAAUGUGAAGAUUUUUAGUGGAUUGUCUUCACAGUGUUGUGCACUGACGUUUAUGUCUGUGUUCUUCUACUGUUGUCAUGAUAGGACGAGCUGACAGAUCUGAUGUCAUACAGUAGUGUGAAGAAAGAAGACACUUCAGUCGCUGUUAUCAUGUGUUUCGGUGGAAAGAGAUGAGCCUCUGGAGCGUUUUUAUCUGUUUAGCUAGAGGAGAUAACCGUUUUGGGUUUUCAGCCCCUCAUUUUGAUGGAGAAUGAGGAAAUUUCGAGGACCAGUGACGUAAGGUUUUUGUUGUGAAAUGAAUUUUUGAUGAUGGAUGUAAAUGAUAGUGUCAGAAUUUAGGUGCAUCAAGCUAGCAUAUUGUAUUCACAAAAUAUUCCUUUUUGAGUCAGUCAGAUCUGUAAAGGAAAUGUUGGGCCCUUGACAAGUCUGGCUGGAGAAUUCAUUGAACAAGGGCUGGUUUCUGUUUUUUUAUUCUGCUACAGUGAAAAGUUUUUAAAGACUCACUAUAUUGUUUUGCAAUUUUUAGUUUUCUCUUGUCUGAUCCAGCGACAAAUUGUCACAGUAGGUGGGUUUUAUGUUUUAGAAUUAGGCCAUUAAUUAUAAACUUUGUAAUACACAGACCUUAUACAUUUUGUUUCCAUCCUGAUUAUGGUGAAAGAUGAAUUAGGAAACUAUUAAACAAAAACACACUGAAAUUGGUCACUUUUAAGGACAAGUGGGCUAACCCAGAUUUCGAGGGUUUCCAGA